AUGAUGAGUAAAAAUAUGACUCUGCUGCAAACGUCGACUGUGCUGUUGCUGUUGGCCUUCUCGGUAUCAGAGACGUUGGCAGCGAGGAUCAUCGGGGGUCAGGAGGUCUCGCCGUACUCCAUCAAGUAUCAGGCGUCCCUGCAGACUGAGAAGAGGCAACACAUCUGUGGGGGAACAUUGGUUGGCGCUCAAUGGGUGGUGUCUGCUGCCCACUGCUGGAGACCGAGCAGCCUGAUGAUGGUGGUGUUAAGUGAACACAGCCUGGAGAGCACAGAAGGCUUUGAACAGGUCUUUAAUGUCUCAAAGAUAUUUGUCCACAACUAUAACUACAAGACAUUCAACAAUGACAUCAUGCUCAUCAAGCUGAGUAAGCCGGCAAAGCUGAACGCCAAUGUCCAGCCAGCCGCUCUGCCUGAUGACAACACUCCUCCACUCAUCUAUGAUGUGUGCACAGUGAGUGGCUGGGGUGUGACACAGAUUUACAGUUUCUACCUGUCCCCCGUGCUGCGUGCUGUGGACGUCAGAAUAAUGCCUUACUGCAGUUAUUACUACUGGGGGAGGAUCACUUCAAACAUGCUGUGUGCUGGAUCUCGGCUGGGUGGCAAAGACUCCUGCCAGGGUGACUCUGGUGGUCCCCUUAUCUGCAACGGCAAAUUGGAGGGCAUUGUCUCCUGGGGCAUCAGCUGUGCAAACCCAUACUUCCCUGGAGUCUACACCAAAGUGAGGAACUACGUCAAGUGGAUCAACUGGAUUAUCAACAAUGACAAAGCAUGA